GUUCUGUAUAAGUUUUACAUCUAGGAUAAAAUUACAAUCUGUCUAACUUAAUGUAUAAAUGAAUUCAAUUUGUUAAAAAAGAUGGGAAAGAAAAGAAAUAUUCAAUCAUCACCUGCACCUGUACCUGGCAGGGUAAAGGUAGAGAUAAAAGAUGAAUUAGGAGACAGUGAUGUACUUGUAGCAAGAGAUCGUUUGAAAGGAGCACUUAGAGAAUUGUUACAACAUAGUGAUACAGGAUCAUCAGCAGACUCAAGUGAAGAGAGUUCUGCUCAAGAUUAUAAACAUCAAGUGAAAAAAAUUGAUAAUAUGUACAGAACAAAAUCAAUGGGUUUCCAACAGCCACGUAAAGUACGACGUCGUAGACAAAUACAAAUGGAUACUGCAUUUCACCAUACAUAUGUAAUGAAAUUAUUUGAUAGAAGUGUUGAUUUAGCACAAUUUCAAGAAGACACACCACUUUAUCCCAUAUGCAGAGCAUGGAUGGCUAAUCAACCAAGGAAUCCUAAUCUUGUACCAAAAGUACGCAGUCCAAGUCCAGAAAUAGUAAAUGAAGUUAAUAUAAGGAAUAAUAUACUGGAUAGUAAUGGAGAAGUUCGUGAUGUUUAUUAUUUGCCACCUCCAUUACCCUGUGAAGAAGCUAUACCUAGAAAUCGUAUACCUUCGCCAAUACCUAGGGAAAAGGAAGAAUUGAAUUUAGAUUAUGACGGACAAAUUGUGAAAUCGCGAGAAACAUUGUUAAGAGAACAUAGAGUACAUUGGAACGCUGUACGCAAAAAAUGGCAUCAACAAGCGCAUAAGAAUGAACAACGUUUUGUGCAGAGUGCAAGUAUAUUAAAUACUAUAUUUAAAAGGGCACAAUCCGAAUUUGAGUAG